AUGGCAACAAACACAACUGACGAAGAACGCAAUGAACUAGUUGAUGAGCUUAUCAAAUGUGGGAUAUGCUUAGACUAUUUUGAUGAUCCUCGUGUGUUACCUUGCUCGCAUACGUUUUGUUUGAAAUGUAUUAAACAAACAGCCGAGCAUAAUCGUGGUCAAUUUCAAUGUCCAUUACGUGAUGAUACAAAAAUCGAUAAUGCCCGUUUAGAUAUACUACCAAGCAAUCGAAUUGUUCGUGAUAUUGUCGAAAUAGUAUCGAGCAGUAAAGGUAAGAUAAAAUAA